AUGGCAUUUCUUUCUGUACUUUUGAAGAGAUGCCGCAAACUCCACGAGAUGGGGAAAAAUGUGGUUCUCAUGGGCGAUAUAAAUGUCAGUAUGGAUCUUAUUGAUAAUGCAGAAGGAAUCGACGUGGCAAUCAAGGAAAAACGCGUUGUCAAUAAUCUAAGAGAAGGUGCAGCAGCUUUCGAAGAAACAAACAAGUCCGAGUGUCUCUUAUUCCGCAAUUCACAGCCCCAUCGGACGCUUUUGAACUCAUAUGUGAUUCCAUCACUUGAAGGAGUGUCAAAGAAGGAACAAAUUUUCUGUGACACUACGAGACUAAUACAGAAACGUCGCCUAGCUAUGUAUACGGUUUGGAACACGCGGACAGGCGCCAGACAAGCGAAUUUCGGGUCUAGAAUCGAUUUGAUUCUUGCUUCUGGCGGAGAAUUCAUUCGAAAUGUUGUUAACGCAGAUAUUCUUCCUUUUCUUUACGGAUCAGACCAUGCACCGGUUUUCACAGACGUGGAUGUUAGCUAUCAACCCCUCUGUCCAAUAGAGGCACAAAAAAUAGCAUUCGAAGCUAGAUACUUUUACAAGUUGGUCAGACACCGAGACAUUUCCUCAAUGUUUGGUGCCAUAAACAAAAAACGAUCCGUUACUCCAGAGCGGACAGAAAAGUCUCCCAAACCACAGUAUGUUAGUCGCAAAAAACCAAAGACCCAGGGCCAGCAAUCCAUCGGUAACUUUUUUUUCAAAGACAACAAGGUUAAUGAAGACGAUCGAUUGAAUCACAAUUCUAAUAUAAAGGCGACUCAGAAUUCAACUAACGAAGGUCAAGGCGGAGAAGUAGGAAAUGAGAAAUCAGGAGAAGUUACUAAUAAUAACGUGGAAGGAGACUUACACAGUAAUGCUGUCGAAAGUACAGUGCAUAAUACUAAAAACAAAGACAUUUUGCAUCAGAAAAACGGACACUUAUCGAGUGAGGAAGACCAACCACCACAAACGCCAAAGACAAUCAAAAUCAAUUCGGUGCAAUCGCUCAUGUUACUGAUGUAUGGCAACCCUCCAUAUUGCAAGCAUAAAGAGCCAUGCAUCCUCAAAACCAGUCUCACAAAAGCAACUAAAGGAAAAAGAUUUUGGUGCUGUCCCAAAGAAAAUAAAGGAGGCUACGGUGAAAUGGGCGACCAUCGAUGUGAUUAUUUCGAAUGGGCAAAGCCAAACGCUGGCAAGGCAGAGUAA